UAAUAAUAUCUUUUAGCGCGUUGUUUAAGAGAGAGAGUUCGUCGCGUUCUCACCACGCGGAAAGCGUUCUUCGUUUUCCCUCACCGCUUUCUGUCGCCUGUUUCAGAAACCCUAGCUUUUCAGAGAAGGAUUCUCUCGGAUUCUCCCCGCUAGAGGCUUGAUAUCCUGCUAUUCCAGUUCUAAUCGAUGGCAACUAAGCCAGCAAUGACAACUGAAGCUAUUGCCCUCACAGAGAAGAAAAUGGACAUGACCUUAGAUGAUAUAAUCAAGAUGUCUAAGAAAUCUUCAUCGAAAUCCACAACACAUAGGCCUUCGAAUAAAAGCCGUGGAUUCUUGAACACUGGUAAUGCUGGUGCCUCCCGAGGGAAUACCGCAAAGGUGCAGCGGUUUAUGGAUUCUAGAUCGUCUCUAAGACAGGGUGUGCUUGCUCAGAGAAGGUCGAAUUUCCUAGGCAAGAAUCAGUUCCCGUUAGCAAAGGAAGCUGCCAGGAAGGCUGCUUUUACUCCUUUUCGUAACAGAGCUCUAAUUCGCAACAGAAUGGUUAAUUGGGACAAGUCAAGGGUUGCAGCUCCGCCAGUUCAGAGGAAUACUGCUGAGAGUGCCUUUGUUGGUGGAAGGGUAAACGUGGUUCCCAAGCAGCGGCCACAGACAUUGGACUCGCUUUUUGCAAAUAUGAAGGAGCAAAGGAUGAGAGUGCUGUCUCAACAGCAGACACGAGGGGGACAGAAUGUCCGUCGUCGAGGAGCUCAGCAGCAGCAGCAGCAGCAGCAGAUGAGGGGUGGUGGUAGGGGUUAUAGAGCUGCAGGUGUUCGCCCAUUUGGCAACUUUGCCAAGUAAAUGUGCUGGAAAUGGGAUCUUCUCAGGCUGGUCUCAUGGGCACAAGCACAGCCAUCGAAACUUUUGCACGACCAAAGUCCCCAACACACCAGUGGCAGAGUGUUUAUUAUGGCCCUCUGCUCCUUAAAGCACCUUUUACCCGUUCACUACGAGACUGGAACCAUGGCUGGAAUAUCUGUCUGUUCUUUCCUACCGUUUUCUUCCCAUCCUGGGUGUGUGCUGACGGUUGCUAUGAUCACCUCUUGCCUUUUGGACAAUAUGCUGAUUUGGUUGUUUUCCCUGAGAGUGAAAAAGGGUGGUGAAGCUAUCAGUUUUUUUAAAAAAGAGAGUCGUAUCUUCAGUUUUUCAUUUGUUGAUGACUUGCCGCACCAGCUUUCAAAGAAAAAAAAAAAGAGUGUAGUGAAUGUAAUGGCCAGGCGGACCAAUGAUGUUGAUGUUUAUACAAUGGGAGAAUAUGGUUAGAGAUAGGUGAAAAAGAAGCUACUUUUGCAUUCGAAAA